AGAGAGAUAGAGGUAGAGAUAGAAAUAGAAUAGAUAGAUAUCUCUAUAAAUAGGGAGAGGGGGAGAGAGAGAGAGAGAGAGAGAGAGAUUACUGAUAGUAAAACUAUCACUGUCAGAAUAGUGUCUUUGGGGAGAUAUUGUAUUUCCAUGCACAGUAAACUGUCACGGUUUCAGCUUCUUGUCUUUGCAGUUUGUCUGAAGGAAGAGACUUCCUGUGUCAUAAACUCUCAACACUCAUACUGCAGAGGACUUUAAGUAGUGAGGACUGUGUGGCCACUAACUCAACAGGUUGGAGAAAUGGCCUCAGAUACCAUAAAGGUUGCUGCUCUGGGUCGACCAUUCACCCUAGGAAUGCUCUAUGAUGCUCGGAAAGAUCAACUGAUUCCAGGUUUGACUUUGUGGGAUGAUAAAACUCUGAAAGAGAACACAGUUGAAAGCUCUCAGCACAGCAGCGCAUUUGAAAUUUCUGCAUCUGACUCCAUUGAAUCCAGGUCCACUCUGCUGGAUGUUGAUGCUUCUCUGAAGGUCAGUUAUAUGUGUGGACUGAUUGAAGGUGGAGGAUCUGCAAAGUUUCUGAAUGAUACGAAGAAAUUCAAGAAUCAGAGCAGAGUGACGUGUCAGUACAAAGCCACGACCAACUUUAAACAGUUGUCAGUGAUUGACCAUUUACCCAGGAAUACCCAACAGACAGAUGUUAUUAAGAAGGCCUCUGCAACUCAUGUAGUCACAGGCAUCCUUUAUGGAGCAAACGCUUUCUUUGUGUUUGACAGUGAGAAGUUAGACGCCAGCAGCGUUACGGACUUCCAGCUCAAAAUGGAAGCUGUGAUUAAGAAGAUCCCCAAAUUGAAUGUUGAGGGGAAAGUUGAACUCAAGCUGACUGAUGCAGAAAAAUCUCUGACUGAGAAAUUCUCCUGCAAAUUCUACGGAGACUUCAUUCUCGAAAGCAACCCUGCAACAUUUGUAGAUGCAGUGAAGACCUACAUACAACUUCCAAAGCUGCUGGGAGAAAAGGGAGAGAACGGUGUUCCACUGGAGGUCUCUCUUAUGCCACUGAAGAAUUUGUAUUCAGAAGCUGCUGAACUGGUGAGAGAGAUCAGUGUUGGACUAGUGAGCAAGAUAGAGUAUGCUCUGGAAGAUUUAAGUCAAGUGGGAAUGAGAUGCAACGAUUCUCUGGUCGACAGAGUGGUGGAGAAUUUACCACAGAUUCGAGAAGAGUUAAGCACUUUCCAAAAACUGUGUAAUGAUUAUGCAACUAAACUCCAACAGACCAUGGAGAAGAAACUUACCUCAAUCAGAGCAGGUGAAGAAGAUGAGAGCUCAACAGAAAAAGUCUUUGAAGACAGAGACAAGUCACCAUUCAGUCAUAAGAAACUAAGCAAGUGGAUGGAAGACAAAGAGAGAGAAAUCAACAUCAUCAGGUCCUGUGUAGAAAAGAUGGAGGGAACACAGAUUGUCCACAAUAAGUCAGAGCUGGACAGAGAGGUUCUCGGUGUGGAGGAUGCUCUGUGCUUUGUUUUCACCUCCAUGGAAAGGGGGGACACCUACCUUGAUGUGAUGGCCGACUACUUGGACUCACAUAAAUUAGGAAGUACCUAUGAAGACCUGUGGUACAACUCAGAUGAAGUUUUUACUAAAAUGAGCAAAAAAGCCAAAUCUUUCUCUUAUCUUGCCAAAGCACUGAAGAACAACAGCCGAUACCGUUUCCUUAUAGCAGCCAUAGCAAAUAAGAAAUACGCAGGAGCAACCAUCUACCAUUACAAGGAGGGCAUUCUGGUCUCUGAGGAGUUCUCAAAGCCUGACCUCCCUCCUGUGGAGAAAAUCACUGACAGAAGAGAUCUGAUCUGGUAUGCCUGUGAUCUCACCCUGGACCCAGACACUGUCAACAACUACCUCACUCUGUCUUUGGGAAACAAAAAGGCAACAUGUGGAGCGUUGCAGACGUAUCCUGAUCACCCAGAGAGGUUUGAUACACAUCCUCAGGUGAUGUGCAGACAGAGGUUAAAGGGGCGACAUUACUGGGAGCUAGGGUGGAGUAAUUCUUCCUUUGAAUCUGUUUACGUAGGUGUUGCGUACAAGAUUACUGAAAGAAAAGGAGACAGUUCACAGAGCGAGCUUGGAAGUAAUACCAUGUCGUGGUGUUUUGGCCAGUAUUGCUUUCUGAAAUCCACACUUCACGCAUAUCAUAAUGGCAGGGUGUGGAGCGAUGUUUUUCCCUCUGACUGCAACAGAGUUGGGGUGUUUCUGGAUUGGCCUGCUGGCACUCUGUCCUACUACAGAGUCUCUAAUAAACUGAGUCACCUCUACACCUUUCACACCAAAUUCACUGAUCCUGUUUACCCAUGUUUCUCGGUUGGACGAGGAUGCAACUAUGUGUACCUUCGUCCAUUCAAAUAAAAGCAAUGACAAAAGACUUGUUAGAUUCUGUCUGUAAAUAAGAAUAUGUGCUUUCAUUUAAAGUUUAGAAAGCAUCACCCCAUUUUAUCUUGAAUGUUGUUUACAAAUUCAAAUAAUAAUAGACAGUAUAAUAAAGUGUAUAUGUCAUUUUCUGAUUAUCAGAUCAA